AUGGGAACAAGAGGACUUCUCUUCAUCCGCUGCCGCGGCAGAUACUUCAUUAUUUGGAACCAGUUUGACAGCUAUCCUGAGGGACUCGGAGAUGCUAUCGUUCAAGAAAUACCCACUGAUCCGGGGGGUUACCGCGAUUGGCUGAAUUCAAUGAGAGAGAUGUAUUCUCGUUCUGCACAGAAGUUCGAAGAACAGAUACUCACGGUGGAUGUCAAUAACAAACAAGAAGAGCUUAGCAUAAGUGAGCGGCAUGCAAAGAGUUAUCUGGCUGUCGAUGACCGGCUUGAAUAUGCUCCAAUUCAGACAAUCUUGAACAGAUUCUCCAAUGAUCUCUUCAUUGAAUGGACUUACACCAUCGACCUUGACCGAGAGAUGUUCGCUGUUGAUGAUUCCGCAUACUUCAAGCUGUCCAACAUACCCCACGGGGGAAAAUGGAUCCAGUAUCUCACUGAGGACGCCCGAGGACGCAGAAAGCUGCGUGACGAUACACCCAAGGACAUCAUUGCCGAUGUCUCCUGGAAACCAAACAUCGAUCCCAGCUUAAAGGCUUUGGGCCAGACUCUCAACAUUGAACUGCUCUCGCUUACCGAUUUUGCUGCUGAAACUAUGCUCCCCUUGGACUUGGGGACCGCCUCGCCUUCCAAUCCUGUUAGACGAAUGAUGCCUGCCCGCAUCACCUUUCUGAUGACCACGUUUUUGCAGAUGUGUAGGGCGUAUCGGAAGGUUCUUGAUCGCUUUAUCCUUGGGUGGGAGCCCGGCUGUUUUAUGUUCAGGGAAAUGGCGUUCGCCGUGCUGUCGCUUGCAGCUGGAGAAGUGUUCUUCGAACACCCUGAAGCCCUCGAUACGAAGUACAGGAAAAAUGGCUAUUACCUGGUUCCAAAUUCCAGGGCUCCGAAAUACCAUACGAGGGUGCUCCCGCGAUUUUUACAUGAGAGUCACCUUCCUGGCAUCGAGCCUGGAUCAGCACCAAAGAGCACUAGCUUCUGGUUUCACAACGUGCUCGUUCAUCUCAAUUCUAGACUUGAUUUGAAUGAUGUCGAAGAAGCAUCAGUGAUAGAGGUGGUAAAUGAUGGGCUCGGUCAAGGAUACGAAGAGUUCUAUGCCAUGGUACUGUCGAUUCUAGACGUUGUUCUGAUCCGCGUGCAGAAGGGACGUGAUGGAAAGCCAUAUGUCAGGAGAUCUCCUCUCAUGCCUCUGUUCGAGUUUACUGACAAGGACUCUGGAUACGUUAACGGGCCUCGCACUCGUCCAUCUCAGUCCCAGCAGGGUCUCGAAAAUCCAGAUAACAGGACUCAUUUCGAGUCUCUAAAUCACGACGCCCAGCCGGAAGAAAAAUUCCUGGAAGAGGAUGAUGCUGCUUCAAACGAAUCAGCGGACCCAGCGGCAGCGGGUUAUUUCACGUUCAUGUUAAUGUGUCACUUCUUCAGUGGAGCUGCAGCUGAGGGGCUUGCUGGUACAAGGUCUCUUUUAUUCCCCAAUGAGAUCUUGUCUUUGAUCAUGGACUUUUCGGAUAUGCAUACAUAUUUGGCCCUUGCACAGGCCUCUGCUUUCUGCCACGAGAUAAGCCAGCACAAGCUCCGACUGAACGAUGACUACGCUGUGAUUGGGAGUGGCGAAGAUCCUGAGACCUUUGUCCUAGAAGACUUGCACUCGGGGAAGAAGAUCCAUUCUAAGCUCAGCAUGUACCAAGAGAAUUGGCUUGGCCGCGCAACUGCAGAUGGACUCAAAUUGAAUCCUGUUAUAGGCGUCGCGGAUACAAACAGACUCAGUAUUAUGGAUGACGUGGCCAUUCAAUUAUCGGACAUGACACCGAAAGAUCCAAUGUUGUCUGAGACUGGAGAAGUUCCUUCUCGAGAACAGUAUAACUGGUCUUUCUCCGAGAACGAGAGAGAUGGUGUUUUGAUUUUCAGUCUGCCGAGUUAUGCGUAUCUCGGUGCUGUCGAGAACGCUUGGGGAAAAUACCUGUGCAAGCUAGCGAGAGACUCUGGUGAUCCCCACUCAAGGUUCUUCAGUACUAUGCUCCGCAACAGACUGUAUCGCUGUCUUCUCCCCCCUGGGUACCGUGAAUUGGGGAUGGAGCCCUUCCAGUGCACCGGCCUUCACGCAUUCUUGCGCCACGAGCGUGACGAAACUCCAGAAGAGUGGGAACGAACUCUUCAGUAUGUCAUUCGCCAGCUUUCCUCACUUGAAACUCGCGGCAGAGUUAGGCUCCAGAGAUGGGGCCAUCCAGUCAUUGUGGCUUUUUCGACAAAAGUCAAACUGUUCUAUUAUGUCUUUCAUCGUGAGGGCAAGCCUGCGAUUUGCUCGAAUGCGAAGUCAUACACGGUUGAAAUCGCUGCCAAGUGUACUGACCUCGAUCCUGGCAGUCGGCUUGUCCAGCUCAUUGCCGGAGAAGAUCCAAUUGAUCUGAAAGAUGAUGACGGCAGAAUGAAGUUCGAAAGCUGGAUCAUAUUUCUCUGUAAAAACAGCUCACUACAAUACAAUCCUUACACCGAACAGUUUGAGCAUCUCUCAACCGAGGGCAAGACAGAGGAUGCAGAAAAUGAUGAGAAAGGGGAUGUAGCGGAUGAUGAAGAGGAUGAUGAAGAGGACAAUGGAGAGGACGAGGGAGGCGACGAUGAAGGGCACGACGAUUGA